AUGGGCAGGAACCAGGGCAAGGUGCAAGCGUGGUUUUCAAGAGGACAUGCAGCGUCGUCCUUCCCUUCUGCACAGGUCCGCUUCGAUAAUGGUACGAUAGUCGCCACCGUGGAAAGCACCCAAACGCGGCGGACGGAGGACAGGCGCCAGGCUUUCAUAGGCGACCGACCGCGGAGACAGAGGCCUUUUCUGCGGCGUGUGCAGAGCGCCAGGGUGCCAGCCCGCGCCAGCGGUGGAAGCAAUGGCGGGGCCUUUGACUUCCGCGCCUGUCCCUUCUUUUCGUCAUCCACGCGUUCGUUCGUAUCUGGCGGGCCGCGCCUGUCGCAUCCUCUCGGCGUCUGUGCUGCAGGCCUCGGCUCGCUGCCGCGGGUAACUCGUGGCCUUGUCUCCUGUCGACCCGCGUCUUCUUUCAUCGCUUCCCUGUUGCCGCAAUCUCUCCGCUGCGGUGGCUGUGAGCCCGCUAGAGAAGAGACGACGAGAGGCUCAUCGACAGCGACGGUCGGGAAGAGUGAAUCGCGAAGACGUUCCAAGCAGAUCCUGGGCGCGGAAAACCACGGAGGACGCGAGAUCCAGCUCAUGUCGCGCUCAGCGCCGUGGCCCCGCUCCUCCUUCUCAGCGGUCGGUCAACCAUUCCAGGCGACCCACCGAUGCGUGCAGCACCUUUCCGCACACAGCCGCGCCGCGGCUGCGGCGGCAGUGUACGCCGGCGCCUGCAGCAGAGCCCUUCAGGCGGUCACGUGGAACAUCGUCGCCGUGGAUGUCUCCUCGUGUUCUUCCCCCCCCGCCUCUCCGACGGCCUCAGAUGCUGACAGUCACGGACCCGUGCUCCAAGGAGCGCCGGGGCCUGAAGCCCCGGCGCAGCGUCUGGCUCCGCUCGAGGAGGCCCGCGACGUGAGCGCGUCGUGCGCCCCUCCGACCGUGGAGGAAAACGUUUGCACGAGCGCAGACCGUACGCGGGUCGCCGAACUUCACCACCAAGACAUUCGUGACGCGCCAUCGUGCUCGGGCGGCGAAAAUCGCGGGAGGGAGCGCCGGAGCGUGGCGGUCGAGGAGACUCAUCAGGCUAGACCCUCAGCGCCUGCGACUCCUGCGUUGCGUGACCAGCAAGAGGAAAGCAGGGACUCGCGAACGGCAGCAGCGUGUGCUGUUCUCCGAACCGAGGCAUCUCGGUCGGAUGUUGCUGGUGCCGGCGCUGCUGGUGGACGGACCAGAGUGCUGGGCCCAGACAGGGAGGCCUUGCGCGCGUGCGCGGCGAGCGGAAGCUCGCGGGAUGGAGAGCGAUGUCGGAGACUGAGGGAAGUCUGUACGGCGGAAGAGCCGUGGCUGUCUCUGGGGACCCCGCAGCAACUUCUUGUGCCGACUGGGAGCUUUGCUGAGCUGCGGAAAAUCCUGUUUGUACCCCCCAAACGUUGUUGUGAAUCGUGUGCGAGCCUGCUCGGCUCGGCAGAGGCGUCGGGGCGAAGCGGGGACGUUUCAGGCGAUCCGCGCGAUGAAGCGAGAUCGCCUGCCAGCGACGCCGCGGCUGAUAGGCAUUCUUCCACUUCCAGGCCCCGCGCGGAUGGGGAGCUCCAGGUGUCUUGUGGGAGUGCGAAUCGCUGCCAGACUUCGGAGAACGUGGAGGGCGAGACCGGGCAACGCGCCUCGUGCUGCUGCGGCCGCCCGGUUGCGCCCGAUGCCUUCACGGUACUCGAGGUCAGCGUGUCGAGACUGCGGCGGUCCGGCCCUCCGUCCCAACUUCUGCUUCUCCGCUUUUGCCCCCGCCAGCGGUUUCCUCGGAGGUGGAGAAGACAGGAAAGCCGCAUCUCUUCCCAACCAUGCACAGCGGACGCGGCGGCUGGCGCCUCCAGUGAGAGAGAGGCACCGACCAGGGCCGAUGACGCCUCACGCGGCUCUUCGCCGGACCACGUGGAGGCCCAGAAGACCCACAGUGACCCCGCGGAAGGCGAUGCGGGUGCCGGUCGCGCGGAUUCUUCGAGCGCUAACGCCUCCUCUUGCGAGGGCGCAGCGGCCGCCCCUCCUUGGAUCACGCUUGAGAACUUGCUUCUGGGCCCUCGGGGAGGGACGGGGACGCGCAACAGGCCACGGCUGGACAGAGGCGACGCUCUGCACGGAUUGGGCGGUGAUGGGAGUCGAGGAAGGGAGACCGAGACGCCUGCUGCGGAAGAGGCGAGAGGCGUCUUGUUCUCUCUGUUGGCGCGGCGCACUGCGGCCGCGGAUGGUCCAGAGUGCGUCGCUGCGUUUCAUGUGAGCCGGUCAGCGGCUGCGCGCCUGCUGAGCUUCGAGCGACGGCGGAGAAGCAGGCAGCGGGACGCCGCCUCCUGUAUGUCUGAGACAGAUCAGUGGCUCGCCCUCAGCGCGUGCGGCAGCGCGUUUGCGCGCGUCUCCUGGCGACCGGUGAGUGCCCUGGGGGCCGAAGAAGAGAUGCGCGGGGGGGACGGCCUCCGGGCUGCGGCUCCGCAGGACGAAGCCGAGUCAGGAGGCGAGCCGCAUGGGCCAGAGGAAGGCGCCAGCGCUCAGGCGUCCGAACGAGAGGAGGAACUGGUUGUUAAGGAACUUGUUUUUUGCGUCGUGCUUGUCCGCAUCGUUGACUGGAAGAUUGCACCUUUCCCUUUUGGGAGUGCCUGGCCUCUGCUUUCCAAGCCAGGCGCAGAGGCGACGAGGGACUCCCCCGAAGACAGCCGAGAUCCUCAGUGCGUGGAGGCCCUCCGCGGCUGCGCCGAGGGUCGAGAGGGCCGGGGCACAGAGACGCGCCACGAGGGAGGCCGCCCCGCCUCACUCUUUCCGUGGAAUCCCGUUCAGCUGGCGUUCGUUGACGAGGAGGAUGUGCACGCUUCUGUAUGUCCUGGCGGUCAGCGAACCGAGGCUGGAGUAGAGAGCCGCAGCGAGAGCGCCACUCGAGAAACGCAAAGGGGCCGCAGUUUUUCGAGGAAACCGUUCCAGUAUGACAGCUUCUACGGGAAACUGUUGCGCGGCAAGGACACGACAGACCCUGCCAGUGUCAACUUGUUUCUCGGGGCAGUGGUUUUUCCUGUUUUUUACUUCUUCCCGCCCAAACAGGCUGCUGCAGGGGACAGUCGCGCACAGCCCCUCCCCGUUCUCUGGCUCCGACGUCGGGACGGGAGCACGGACAGGCGCGGGGUCCAGAAAGUCCCCAGUCCCCUCUCCGGGGGGGACUCCGCGGACUCGGCGCCUGGCGUCUUUUCGUCGUUGCCGCGCGCACAGGGCCACGGAGGUGCGUGGGCGAAUGCAUCCGCUGCGCCGCGCUCGCGGACUUCUUCUGCUGUUCGUUCUUCCUCCCUUGACGGCCAAACGGCGACAGCUUCUGCUCCUGGAGAUGCGGCUGGAAAGGGCUCGGGGCGGAGCCGAAGUGCGUCCUCCUGCGAAGACGGGGGAAGCGUCGAGGCGUCGUUCCCGCUCUUCUUUUCGCCUCCUGCGGACGGAAUUAGGGCCGCAGAGGAACGCAGCCCGGCGCCCACUAUUCGUGGCGGCUCAUCUGAGACCGAGUUGGCGCACGUGAAGAGGCAGAGUUCGUCGAGACUCGACCGGCACCAAGAGCGACUCAGCCUCCCGGCGCCGGCUGGCUGCCGCGCCGAUCCUGCAUCCGUGGAGAGCGCAGAAGGAAAUUUAGAGACGGGGCUACUCAGUGAGAGCGAUCCAGCGCCUUUACCCGAAUUUGUAGACGAGCUGGAGCCGCCGCGAGCUCUGGCUGGAAGGCGAGAAGGCGGCCCCUUGAUACAGGAGUCAACGGAUGGUCGGGGUGCGAGCGACGCCCCUCAGGGCGUGCCCGUGUCUCCGGAGAGGCAGGCGCAACCUGACGGAGAGCUGAGCAGAGGCCGAGGGAGUGGGGAGGAGGGGAGAGAAGAUGGAGAGACGAGAAGUGCAGCCAGUGGGCCUGGGACCGCUGCUGCUGCUGCGGAGUUGUCGGAGGCCGGGGCGGAAGCGGACCAAGAGGCUUCGCGGUUGAAUAUGCUGCUUCAGCCGUAUUCGUCGCCUCUGGGCUGGAAGGGUUCGGUCUUUCCGUUUGCUUCGCUGCAGUCGCCGGCGCCUGUCUGUGUGGCGCCGCCGUCUACUGUCGUGAUGGGAGCGCCAGGCGCAGGCCAGGAGUACGACUACCGCUUUCGGCAAAUGUACGCCACGUGGCAAGGGCAACAGCUUUACUGGCACCAGGUACUUUUGCAGCGCUUUGAGGGCGAGCAGUACCAUCGCCACCUCCGUCGCGCCUCUCAGAUGCAAUACGCGCCCUGGUGGACGCGGUUUUAUCAGCAUCUCCAAUCGCACCUACCCCCCUCUCGCGUUCCCACAGCCCUGUCUCCCUCACAACGCCACGUCGUCGCGCAGGAGGAAGGCGUCUCGGGCGAGGUGUCGGGAAGCAUGCCUGGAAAGAAGGAGACCGAGGAGCGAGCCGCAGGCGCCUCUGCGGCCCCCGCGGGCCCCUCGACGACGCACGACCGCCAUCGCGGAUACCUGGUGCACCCCUGCUCCCCGUCGGCACCCCUCCCUCUGGGCGCCGAGCGCGUCCGGUGCUGGAGCGACCCGGCGCUGUCGGCGCUACCCGCAGGCCUGUGGUCUCAGCCGGUGCUCCCUUGUCAGCCUCACGGGCUAGAGGAGGCGCCUGCGCCUUGCCUGCCUGGCGUCCGCUGCGCCGCUGGCAGGUCCGCACUUCCGUCUGUUGAGAGGGGAACGCAGAGGAGGAGCCGGGGUAGCGGAGAAGGCGCGGAGGCGAGCGGGGCUUCGUCCGGAGACGAUGGCGAGCAGCCUGCGAGUGGCGACCGUCCACGACAGGCGCCCCCGCAGACCUCCAAGGAUGCACCGGCGAGGUGUGAGCCGAAACAGGAACGCGACGGAGACGCAGGAGCCAGCGCGGAGACGAACGAUGCAGCAGGCAGCGAAGCCGAGCCCAGCGAACGCUCGCGGCGGCAGAACGCAAGCGAGGGCUGUGGGCGGCGGUCACACUCUCUGGAGCAGGGGAGACGGAAAAUGGAAGGCGCACAUACUCGACCCAAGACCCUGCUUCUGGAUGCCCCUGCCGGCGGCGGGCUGUCGUCCUCGACUCCUGCGACGCCCCUUGCGUCCCCGAACGGGCUUCUCCCUGCGACCCAGACGGCGCCCGCAGCCUCGGCGUCGUGCGCGAGCGGGGGACCGUUUUCGCUGGCGGCGUCCACGAGAGCUGUCGCGGCAGCGCCCUUCAGAGCUGCACACCCCGCCAGCGCUCAAUCCAGGGGGGCGGUCGACCCUUUUUUCUUCAGUGGGCUUUGCUCGCCAGGCGGAGCGACCUUGGCGCCUGAAGGCGGCGGUCCCCAGGGGCCGCCCGCAGCGUUCGUUCCCGCUUGGCCCUGGAUUUACUACACUCUCCCUUUCUUGGCAAAUGUGUGCUCUGUGGGGUCUCAGCCCGUCCUAUAUCCUUUGCCGCCCGCGCCACAGUCCCAGAGGGCUGAGGACAGCGCCAAUGCUCGACGGGCGAAAAAGGGGCUGUCGCCCUCCAUCCCCGGAGUCGCGCCGGCGUUCCCCGCCAUCCAGACGCCUGCCACAAGCGGUCAUCUGCUGCCUCUCGCCGCUUUCCUGCCCCAUUCUCCGCAGUCGUUCGCCGCGCCGGGAAGCGUCCCCUACGCGCAGCUGCAAGGCUUCCCACCCUGUCUCUCAGGUCUCGUUCCGACUGACCGGGGUCUCACGCUGCCCUCGGGUGCAGCGGGGGCGCACACUCACAUCGGCGCGGUGCAUCCAGCGCUGGGCCCCCCAGUCCUGCUUCCUCGCUUUUCUCAUUUUUCUCCGGUCAGUGACGCGGCUGCGAGUUUUGGCCCUUUGACGCUCCCCCAUGUGCUUCUGCGGCAUCUGCCCUACGCCGGGGCGGUCGCGCCGCCGCCGCCACAUGCCGCGUGGACGCCAGCGAGCUUCGUCGCCUCCUACGUGCCCGCAGCUGCCUUCGUGAGGCCCGCGCCGGCGCCCGCGGUGGCCGCGGCUGGAGACCCGAGAGGCAUGCAGCCGUCGGCGUCGGGCCCCGGAAAGGAGGGCGCGUUCGAGACAGGGCCGCAGUCAUCGCCUGCCGUCGCCGCGGUCUCGCCAUGGGUUUCCAGCGCCUUCGCGCAUAACGCAGCGAGCGUCUCGCCGCACCCGCAAAGCCGCCAGUCUCCCGUGCACCCCACGGCCAUCGCGGCAAGCGGCGAGGCUCGUGACUUCGCGGUCUGUCCGCCCUGUGCUCCUCCUUCGGGCGCCGAGCGGCCAGCGCAGCAACUCUCGCCUCUGUCUGCGACGCCCGCUCCCGACACUUCUGCCGCGUGGGGCGGCGCCUUGCCUCCACAGGGGAGGGGGAACGCCAGAGCGGGCGAGGGGCCGCGGGCGGGGUCUCAGCAGCCCCUUCCCCCUGGUGCAGAAGGUGCGCGGACUCCUGCCACUGCCCUCGUUGGACGGCGCACCGGCCCCGCGGCCCCGCCUGCGUGGCUGCCCCCGCCCGCGGAAUCAGAGGCGGGUCGCGGGGCCGGGGCGCCGUCCAAAGAGACCCCAGAAAGCUCAGGGGCGUGCAGAACGGGGCGAGCGGCGGACCCCACGCAGGCGUGUCGUGCAGCUGGCGCCGCCUGCGCCGCGCGACAGGCUCCGUGCGCCUGUGGAGAGCUGCAGAGGGGCGACGGAGAAGGGACGAGAGACGAACGGAGUGGCGCGGGAGACGCGCCACACGCCCGCGCUGCCCCCCCCACAGGGCUGGCAUCCUCUCCUUCCGCUCCCUCUCUCGCCGCCCCGUGCAAGGCGCCCCCCGCUCGCGCGGAGGACCCCCAGUCGCCAGGGCAGAGUGCGCCAGAAGACGGUGAGUGGAGGGCUGCCAGCCCACUAGAGGCUUCCAGACCGGACAUACACGCCCAGGCGCAGCCGCUGGGACCCCACGGACGGACACCUGCAGGAACCGCGGAAGACGCGCGAGAAGAACGCGAGGCCGCGCAUCGAGCGCGCGGCUCGCCUCACCCAGUCACGCAGCAACAUGAAUGCGGAACGCCGGAACCGUACCAGGCAGCUCCUGUCGCAGCCCCCUGCGAGGUCGAGCGUGCAGAUAUCUCGGCUGGUGGCGUCCCCAGCGGUGCUGCAAACGGGUUCACGGGUGUCCGCGACAAACCCAGGCGCUUUACCGCGCCGUGUCCUUCGUCCUUUUCCGCGCCUGCUGCUUCCUGCUCCCUCACCACGCCCCAAGACACCGGGCAGCCUGUUCAGGCGUCGCUCCAGGCAGAAGGGGACGCGGGCUCAGCUCGCUCGCCUCCGUCGUCUUCUUGUCUUUCCUCGACGUCGGCCGGCUGCGCCGCCUCUCAGUCGCCGUCAUCUGCUCCUUCCCAUGGCCCCCUAUUGUCCCCCCUUCUUCGUCUGAGGCCGCGUCCUGCUGUGUCUCGCGCGAAAAGGCGGAGGCCCGCGCAUGCGCGAGGCUCGCGCCGGCUCGCCGGUCGCCUGAGGCUUCUUCAUGCUCUUCCGCAUGCUCGUCGGGGGCGGCAGAGGCCCGCGGGGCUUCCCCGUCCGUUGCGGAUUGGUCGCCGCCACCCGAAGCCGCUGCGGCUGAGGGAGAAGACGCGCCACAGCGCCAGGUGA